UUUAUCAGUUAAUGAGUUGUAAUCACAAAUUUUGAUUUGGUUAACGUUCAUACAUUUUAUAUAAAAGCUACUAGUAAGUUGCAUGCGCCAGUUACUUACUUCUUAACGACUAAACGAGACGGAUCUAAAAUCCUUAGUUAAAUUAAAGAAUUUUCGAUUAAAUUAAAAAUUACCACAAAAUUAUACAUACUUAAUAAAUAAUAAUAAACGAAAUAUAUUUACGAGAUGUUAUUACAUAUAUUUGUAAUAACUGCGGCGGCUGCCGCAGUUAGUGGGCAGAUUCUUCAGAAUCCAUGCAGGCAAUCCGGGUACUUUGCGUUCAUCGAUAAUAUGCCAACCUUUUAUAGUUGCUCCUUGAAUGAUGCCGGUUCUUACACGAUUCAAUAUUUGUCCUGCUCAGAUGGAUAUGUUUUCAAUCAAAACGCGGGUAAUUGUGUAUUAAGAGAUCAAGCAAACACUGAUGUUACGAUAGUUUCCUCAACAAGCACUACUGAAGUGCCCUUAACAAGUACUAUCGCUGCUUCAACAACUACACGUAGAGAGAGAAAUACAACUGCAGUACCAAUAACUUCGGAGGUACCAAUUGCCUCCAGCACACAAGAUGUAUCAGUAUCUACUUCACCAAACACCACUGAAAGACCGGUCACUACCACCACCACUGAAGUACAAAGUACCACAAUUGAAGAAACGCGCACUACUAUAGAACCGACAAUUACGGAUAUUCCUAACACUUCCGAAACUCCGAACAUUACUGAUGGUCCUACCAGUACGGAAGUUCCAGGAGAAACAACCAUAGCAACAGAAACUACUGAAGAACCAAGCACUACUGACGGACCAAUCGUUACUGAAGGUUCAACAGAAAGCACCACACUAGUAGUAUCUGCUAGUACAACAGAACCUGAGGGAAGUGACACAACUGUAACACCAGAACCAACUGAAGCGCCAGAUGUGCCAAGCACUACUGAAGAAACAAUUGUUACCGAAGAUAACACCACAACGGAAGGAUCCGUUACCACAGAAGGUACCGAGGAAACUGAAACAACUGUAGCUACACAAUCUACCGAAGUUCCAAAUGCACCAAACACUACGGAAGAAACAACUGUCACAGAAGAACCUGAAAAUAAUACCACAACAGAAGGAUCCGUUACCACAGAAGGUACCGAGGAAACUGAAACAACUGUAGCUACAGAAUCUACUGAAGUUCCAAAUGCACCAAACACUACGGAAGAAACAACUAUCACAGAAGAACCUGAAAAUAAUACCACAACAGAAGGAUCCGUUACCACAGAAGGUACCGAGGAAACUGAAACAACUGAAGCUACGGAAUCUACCGAAGUUCCAUAUGAACCAAGCACUACUGAGGAAACAACUGAAACAGAGGUACCUGAAAAUAAUACCACACCGGAAGUCUCAGUUAGUACGGAAGGACCCGAGAAAAACGAGACUGUAGCUACAGAAUCUACUGAAGUUCCAAAUGCACCGAGCACUACAGAAGAAACAACUGAAACAGAGGUACCUGAAAAUAAUACCACACCGGAAGUCUCAGUUAGUACAGAAGGACCCGAAGAAAAUGAGACUACUGUAGAUACAGAAUCUACUGAAGUUCCAAAUGCUCCAACCACUGCUGAAGAAACAACCGUCACUGAGGAACCUGAUAAUAAUACCACACCGGAAGUAUCAGUAAGCACGGACGAACCCUUGGAAAAUGAGUCAACUGGAGCUCCACAAUCUACUGUAGUACCAGACGCACCAAGUAGUACUGAAGAAACAACUGUCACUGAAGAUAACAACACAACGGAAGGAUCAGGUAGCACAGAAGGUACCGAGGAAACUGAAACAACUGUAGCUACAGAAUCUACUGAAGUUCCAAAUGCACCAAACACUACGGAAGAAACAACUAUCACAGAAGAACCUGAAAAUAAUACCACAACAGAAGGAUCCGUUACCACAGAAGGUACCGAGAAAACUGAAACAACUGUAGCUACAGAAUCUACCGAAGUUCCAAAUGAACCAAGCACUACGGAAGAAACAACUGUCACAGAAGAACCUGAAAAUAAUACCACACCAGAAGUCUCAGUUACCACAGAAGGUCCCGAGGAAAAUGAGACUACUGAAGCUACGGAAUCUACCGAAGUUCCAUAUGAACCAAGCACUACUGAGGAAACAACUGAAACAGAGGUACCUGAAAAUAAUACCACACCGGAAGUCUCAGUUAGUACAGAAGGACCCGAGGAAAAUGAGACUACUGAAGCUACGGAAUCUACCGAAGUUCCAUAUGAACCAAGCACUACUGAGGAAACAACUGAAACAGAGGUACCUGAAAAUAAUACCACACCGGAAGUCUCAGUUAGUACAGAAGGACCCGAGGAAAAUGAGACUACUGUAGCUACAGUAUCUACGGAAAUACCAGAUACACCAAGCACUACUGAUGAAAGAACUGUUACUGAAGACCCUGAAAACAAUACCACACCGGAAGUAGCAGUCAGCACACAAGGACCCGAGAAAAAUGAGACAACUAUAGCUACAGCAUCUGCGGAUGUACCAAGAACUACUGAAAAAACAACGGUCACCGAAGAGUCAGAAAAUAAUACGACAACAGAAGUAUCAGUUAGCACAGAAAGCGCACGUACAACAAAACGUCCUGCAAAUAGCGAUAAACCGAGCUUACCUGACGUUCCAGCUACCACAUCAGCGCCAGUUACAACCAACUCACCAAGUACCACAGUAGACAAAACGACGAAAGAUAGAAGCACGGUUACCACGAAAACGCCCACCACACCUAGAACACCAGAACAAUUCAAAUGCCCCUAUGAAGGCUUCUUUGAAAGUGAGGGCGGUUGCACUAAGUUUGCCUAUUGUGCCAAAAAUUUCGGUAAAAUGAAGCAGUAUGAUAUGAAAUGUCCCCACGAACAAAAAUUCAAUAGGAACACACUCUUUUGUGAUUCAGAAAUCGAUUGUGAAGACAGUAGUGAAAACAGCGGUGAAGUAGCUUCAAUUGAACACCAUAAACCGUUCACCUGCUUGGCGGAGGGUACCUUCGCCCAUAGGAAUGAUUGUACCAAAUACUACACAUGCAGGUGGAGUAAGAACUAUCGCAAUUUCAUUCAAUUACCCAUCGCUUGUCCGAGCGGUAAGGUGUUCCGCCUAGAGACUGGCUCAUGCGGUCGUGAGCGCCGAUUUACUUGUUUCUUACGGCGGAAAGGUUCCAAAUACUACGAUCAUAAAUCGUCUGAAUGAAUCUAGUGAAAGUGCUCUCACUUCGUGCACUCGUAUUUAUGUAUGAGUCAUGCUUAUGCUAUAAUUAGUUAAAUAAAGAAAAUUUUUAUUAA